AGUUUUAGAGGCAAUGUCCACAUGCCAGCACGACUGGUCGGAGGUAUUUUUGGAGUUAUUAUGGACAUUUUCUCUCUAACACACUCCUGUUAAAACAACAAGAAUGGCUUUUAACACAAUCCUGUGGGGUGCAGGCAUAGUUUUGGGGAUUUUACCUCAAUUAAAUCUGGGAUUGCUGUCUGACUACAAGAUCUGUGGAGAUCCUGAGUGUGAAAGCAUGAUGAGCAGAGUGCAGGCCGUCAGGGACCACCAUGGUGCGGACUGCCGUUUCCUGAGCUUCAGACGAGGAAACACCAUUUUGGUUUACCACAAACUGACCGGGAAGAGGGAAGACCUCUGGGCAGGCAGUAUUGACAGACAGUUUGGCUAUUUCCCAAAGGAUGCAGUGCAAGAGGAGCAGGUUUAUGCUACGAUGGAGAGAGCAGUGGAAACACAGAAAUCUGAUUUCUUCUGUAUGGAUGAGUCUGGUUACCCCAUUGACUCCAGUCAUCUGGACGAUGAUGAUGAUGAUGAUGAUGAUCAGAAAAUCCAGAACCAGGGGUCAGAAACCACCCAAACUGCUCCAUACACCGAUGACACAAACGCUGAAGGUCCUUCAACAUCUGAAGAUCCCUCUACAGAAUCUCCAGUUUCAGCACAGGAAGCUGACGGCAUAUCGGCAGAAGAGGACGAAAACAAAAAUGUUGGUGACGCUCUCAAGGAACCACAGGAGAUUCCCGCGGCUCCGAACGAACAAGGUGGGUCUGCCCCCUCUACCUGGCUUGGUUCUUCAGUGACAGGAUGGUUAGGUCUAGCUAAAGAGGAAGAGGCUGGCAGUUUGGCAGAAGGAGAGAAAAAAGAUGAGAGGAAAGAGAUGCAGGCCGAAGCUUCUGUCGCUUCUUCAGUGACGGGAUGGCUGGGGUUUGGAAGAGAAGCAAAACCUGAUGAUGCUGUGAAAAGCAGAGAAGAAGAAGGAGAAACUGCUGAUUCUUACGUUUCAACCAUGACUGGGUGGCUUGGCUAUGGAGGGGAGAAAAAAACAGAUAAUUCGGCAGAGAAAGGGCAAGAUGAAGAGAGAGAAGAUGACGAAGAACCAGCAGAGACAUUCAGGAGCAGGAGGAUGUCUCUGGACCUAGAAGGCAGCCAAUUACAUGAAGAGGAGAAGAAAGAGAUGGGGACAUUGGAUUGGCUAGGAAACGGAUUGUCAAGCACGCUGGGGUUUGGCCUGACCAAUCAGGAGUCGGGGCAUGAGACAACACCUGAAAGACAGGCCAAGGAGACAAUCCAGGAGGAGGAAGGACAGCCAGCAUCUGGUUCUUGGUUGGAUAUGGGGAUCGGGGACAUGUUAGGCUUCGGGAAAGACAAGAGUGAAGUUGAGGAGAGUGAAGGAAGUGGUUUUAAGGAGACAGAAGAGGACAAAACCUUAGAAGAACUGACAGGUUCAGAGAAUGAUACCAGUCAAUCUCAACCAGUACUGAUAGAGGAGGUGAGGACAGAAACUAGCAAUGAAUCAAAGGUGGAUGAAACUCCAAAAGACCAGAAUGCUGACAGUAAUAAUAGUGAUAUAGGUACUUCAGACAGUAGGAGGGAUAGUGUCUUACCUGAAGACGCAGCAUACAAGGUCGAUCUAAAAGAUAUUUCUCAGGCUGUAGGUGGAAUGUCUUCAAUGCUCAACAGCAGUAAGGAGGAAGAGGAAUAUAAUGUUUCAGAUGAUCACAAGAAAGAGAAAAAGGUCCUAGAUGAGGGAAGAUCUGCUGAAAUGGAGGGUCAAGAUCAUCAGAUGCCCAAAACAGCAGAAAAUGAAGGUGAGGAUAAUAACAGAGAGCCAGGAGAAGACAAAAUGAAAACUGAAAGAGACAUGGAUCAGGAUUUUUUUACACAAUUUGACAACAAUUUAGGGCCUGACUUAAGUUCUGUAGGCAAGGUUGAGGAGGACAAAACCGAGGACGUGGAUGUAGGCGAGGUUGAGGAGGACAAAACCAAGGGCGUGGAUGUAGGCGUGGAUGUAGGCGAGGUUGAGGCGGACAAAACCGAGGACGUGAAUGUAGGUGAGGUUGAGGAGGACAAAACAGAGGACGUGGAUGUAGGCAAGGUUGAGGAGGACAAAACAGAGGACGUGGAUGAAGGCGAGGUUGAGGAGGACAAAACCGAGGACGUGGAUGUAGGCGAGGUUGAGGAGGACAAAACAGAGGACGUGGAUGUAGGCGAGGUUGAGGAGGACAAAACGGAGGACGUGGUUGAGGAAGGUGCCCAGAUCCUAAAUCAGAUCAAUUACACAGAAGAAUCCACCGAUACAUCUGUUGCAACUGGUGCUAGUAGUGAUGAUCGUGAAGGUGAAGGGAAUAAUGCAGGGACAGAAUUUUCCACGACUCAGACUGAUGACUCAGCAGGAGAGAGCGGUCAGUCUUUGUUGUCAUCGGGCACAGCUGUGGAGAGAAAUGAACCGAUCUCCAAUGAGGAUGACAUUUUACCUGCUCACAGUGUAGAAACCAGUGUUGAUCACUCAGAUUCAGUAGCUGUGAUUGACGAUAACACAGAAACAGGGACACGUCAGGGACAGUUAGGACAGCAGGGGGAGGGCAGCUCUCAGGAGUUUGGAGCAUCCCAUUCUACCAAUAGAAGUACUGAAUCUAUGUCUGAAAAUGCCUCAGAGGAGGACAGAAGAACGUUUUCCACUAGUGAGAGCACAACACAGAUAGAAAACAAUGCAGAUCAGGACUCAACCGUGUCUCAACGGGAGGCCACACAAAAGGAUGGUGAUGGACACGAGCUAACGGAAGCUGUUAAAGACACUGAGAAAGAUAGCGACGAAAUCAGCCUCCAGCCCGUCCAAACUGAGACAACAGGGUUUGGGAAAUAUAUUGUGAAUGAAAACGGUCUAAAGUCAGCUAUAGGCUCUGAAACUGAGACUCAGACUGAUGAAGUGGAAGAGUCAAAGGACGAGGAAAAGCAGGGGGAGAUAGAAGAGUUAAAAGAGGAGGGGAAACAGCAGGAGGUGGAGGACUUAAAAGAGGAGAUGGAAGAGGAGAAACAGCAGCAAAUGAGGGUGAUAAAGGAAGAGGGGAAACAGGAGGAGGUGCAGGAGUUAAAGGAGGAGAAGAAGCAGGAGGAGAUGGAAGAGUUAAAGGAACAGGAGAAACAACAGGAAAUGAGGGAGAUAAAGGAAGAGGGGAGACAGGAGGGGGUGGAGGAGUUAAAGGAGGAGGAGAUGGAAAAGUUAAAGGAAGAGGAGAUAGAAGAGGAGAUGGAGGAGGUAAAUGAGGGGACGAAACAGCAGGAAGAGUUAAAGGAAGAGGACAAACAGGACAAAGUGAAGGAAUUAAAGAAGGAGGAGAAACAGGAGGGAGUGAAGGAGUUAAAGGAAGAGGGGAAACAGGAGGAUGUGGAGGAGUUAAAGGAGGAGGAGAUGGAAAAGUCAAAGGAAGAGGAGAUAAAAGAGGAGAUGGAGGAGGUAAAUGAGGGGACGAAACAGCAGGAAGAGUUAAAGGAAGAGGAGAAGCAGGAGGAAGUGAAGCAGUUAAAGGCAGAGGAGAUAAAGGAUGAGAUGGAGGAGAUAAAUGAGGGGACGAAACAGCAGGAAGAGUUAAAGGAAGAGAAGAAAGAGGAGGAAGUGAAGGAGUUAAAGAAAGAGGAGAAAGUGGAGGAAGUGAAGGAGUUAAAGGAAGAGGAGAUAAAGGAUGAGAUGGAGGAGAUAAAGGAGGAGAAGAAGCAGCAGGAUGAGUUAAAGGAAGAGGAGAAGCAGGAGGAAGUGAAGCAGCUAAAGGCAGAGGAGAUAAAAGAUGAGAUGGACGAGAUAAAUGAGGGGACGAAACAGCAGGAAGAGUUAAAGGAAGAGAAGACAGAGGAAGUGAAGGAGUUAAAAGAAGAAGAGAAAAAGGAGGAAGUGAAGGAGUUGAAGGAAGAGGAGAAGCAGCAGGAGAUAGAAGAGUUAAAAGAGGAAAACAGCCUCCACUAUUUAUCUCAGAAAGACACUGACAGUCCAGAGUCAGAGAGCAACGAGAUAGAGACACAAGAUGAGAGCAGCUCAGAAUCUGUGUUCUCUGAAAAGUCCACGCAGACUCAAAAGAGUCAGACUGAAAACCCACAGAUGGAAGAAAAUAAUAAACAGGAGGAGGUGGAAGAUGAAAUGAAACAGGAGGUUGAGGAAAAGCAGGAGAUGGAGAAUGUGGAGGGUGAGAGGAGGAACAAAGAGGAGGAGAGGAGCAUUAAUAAAUGUUCAAACGAACUCUGUCCUCAAGCUAGCGAAGACAGACUUAUGAGGGACGGAGAGGGAAAUGAUUCUGCUGAUAGGUUGAGCUCAAUAGAUGAAGGGACAGGAAAGCAAGAUGCAGUGGCUGUCAAGGAUCAGAUGUUAGCAGAUAGGACAGGAGUGGGUCAGACAGUACCAGUUGAAAGCAUGGAGAAAGAUGAGGAUGGAAUACAGGAGGAAGAAAAGGAUGAAGGAGGGACAGAGGGAGGAAUGGAGGAUUCAAUUUCCUCUAGUGACCUCGUUGAAAGCCAGGCUGUGAUAUCUGAGCAAACUCUUCUGUCUGGUGGCGACAAUAAAGGGAGAGCAGAGAGUGAAAGCGGAGGAACAUUCGGCCUUUUCCAAAGCGCCUUUAGCUAUUUCAGAUCGCCCAUCACCGAAACUGAGGCGUCCACAGAACCUACCCAAAGUUUGGACUGUAACACAGGCGAGACAUCUCAGGCCUCUCUCCCUCCUGAGCAAGAACUGGAUUCAACCACUGAUUCAAGUCAGGUUUACGUGCAAGAUUUGCACACAGACUCUCCCGUCACCGUGUCACAACAGCAGCCUUCCUUUACAGACACCCAGACAUCAUCUCCGUCCCCAACGCAGACCCAUUCGGAACCAAAACACCUCACUAAACACUACAAGAACCUCCUCGCCCACAUGAACGCGGACGAGACGGACGUUUUGACGGAGCUCUUAGGGCGACACAAGCUGCAGUUUUUGGAUUACAUUUUAGGAAGCUCAGAAACCACGACCCGCGACCCCGAUAAUGACAAGUUAAUAUUGUUGGACAUAGAAAGACUUCUGCGUUAUCACAGGGAGACGCUGGUCGCUCCCAGCAUGAAGCUCUCGGAUGCACCGCGGGAGGACAAAGACAAGACCAGAGCGCUCAUCGCACUCCAGAAGCUAGAAAUGCUGCUGGAAAGAGUGAGAGAGACGUUCAACACAGCUGAGGCCAGCUGUGUUGGUGAAUCCUGUUCAACUCACGGCGAAGAUCAGGGAACGGACACUGAGGAAGAUUCCUCUGUAGGCAACGACACUCCAAGAGAUGAGUGGAUGGGGGAGGAUAAAGAGAAAGACAGAGUGACUGAGGAGGAGAGAAAAGGAGAAAAGGGAAAAAGAAGUGAAGAAGAAGAGAGAGCGUCCUCUGAAUCCCAUCCUCACAUUCAGCCAGGAUCACCACGGCCACCGGAAGGGGUGGUGAAGCAGAUUCUGGACUUUGUACAUCAGAUCGCUGAAGAGACGACCACUCAUGUUCAUGCAGUGCGAGAGCUCCUCAUAUGGCUUACUGUACAGGUUGUGUCGUCACUGCCGGAUGACAUCAGACCCGGGCCGGACCUCUACGGCGUGCCAUGGGAACCAGUCAUCUUCUCCAGUGUGGUGGGGCUCGUGACGAUGCUGCUGUUCACCUGUAGAUGUUAUAGCUCUGUCAAAAGCAGAAUGUAUAGCAGUAAAGAGCGGUGGAUGGCUGAGCAGGUUGCGCAGCUGCUGGAUGAGAAGUGUAAAGUUCUUGAGACUCUCAGCAAAUGUCAACAAGAGCAUGAUGACCUGGAGAACUCGCUGAGGGACAGCGGUGUCUUGGCCCAAACUCAAAAGACAGAACAACUGGAGGUCAAAGCAAGACAGUUGGGACAUGCCAAAAGAGAGAUGGAUAGGGAUUUGGAACAACUGAAGGAUCAACUUGACCAGCAGAGAGAAUACAGGACAGAGCAGGAAAACAGGAUAGCGGGGCUAGAAGAAAGCAUGAAAACAUUUGAAGAAGAAACCAAAGACCUCCAGUCACAGGAAGAGCAGGCACAAACCACCCUGAAAGUGUACAAUAUGAACUGUGACAGACUACAGAGGAAUCUGGAAACAGCUGGAGAGGAGAACACACUGCUGCAGGAGAGCAACGCUCAGUUGAGGCAGCAGGUGGAGGGAUGGGCAGAAAGAGUGAGUGAGUUGGAGGCAGAGAUGAGCCGGUGUGAAAUCUCCCACAGCGGGAUGCUGCAGGAUGUGGCCAACAAGGAUGAGCGUAUAACGUCCUUGACAGACCGACUGCUGAGGAUGAAAGCUUGGGAUUCAGACCUAGAGGAGGAGGGAGGUGAGGAAGGAGGAGAGAAGGAGACGUCUAAUGGUACAGCAGGGAGAGGAGAGGCGAAUGGAAGAGGAGACAUUAUGGACACACAAGGCCAUCUUCAGAAAGUCCAGAAACUUAUCUAUGCUGCUAAGCUGAAUGCAGACCUCAAAUCAGUAGAUGAAGACAAGGAUAGAUUAUUCGCAAAACUGAACGAUGAAGUCAAAGCUAAAGAAGACCUGCAAGUGAGCAUUAAGGAGAUGGAUAAUGAGAAAGUAUCUCUGCAGUCGGACACUGAGCAAUACGCAGAUCAGGUCCAAAGAUUACAACAGAAACUCCACAUUAUGACAGAAAUGUACCAGGAGAAUGAGCUCAAACUACACAGGCUGCUGACAGUGGAGGAGAAGGAGCGCAUUCAGAAAGAAGAGAAGUUAAAUAAAGCUGACAAAAACAUUGCGUUGGCCAUGGAAGAACUCAGCAACUACAGACAACGAGCAGGAGAGAUGGAGGAAGAGCUCGAGAAGACCAAACAGUCUUACCAGACUCAAAUAUCUGCACACGAGAAGAAAGCACACAAUAAUUGGCUGGCAGCCCGAGCAGCAGAAAGAGACCUAGCAGACAUCAGGAGAGAGAACGCCCUCUUCAGACAGAAGCUGACAGACACGCAGUUUAAACUAGACGCCCUGGACAAAGAUCCCUACGCCUUGGACAGCCUGGCUAGACCACUGCCUUUCAGAGCUGAAAGGUCACCAUACGGUCCAUCUCCUCUGGGUCGACCUGCAUCUGAAACCAGAGCCUUCCUGUCUCCUCCUACAUUAAUGGAUGGACCACCUGCUAGACUGUCUCCUAGAGUGUCUCGUGGUCCAAUGGAGCCCCCAGGUGGCCAAGGAGAGCUGGAGCGGAGUGGAGGUCCUCAUUCAGACAGUGGCUCAAUCUCUCCAACAUGGGAGAGAGAUCGCAGGGGCCCUCCACCAGGACCGCCCGGGCCCCCCGGGCCCCUAGGACAUCCAGGCUACAUGUUCCCAGAACCAGGAGGUCCGAUGUACAGGAGACCUCCUCCUGGACCUCUGGGCCACUUGCCUCCUGGCUCCCUCCCACCCGGCCCUCUCCAUCCUAGGGGUCUCCCCCCAGGACCCCCUCACCCUGCAGACAUGGCGGAUGGCUCAUAUAGAGAAAACAACCUUGGGCCCGGUGAACAGGAACUCAGAGAGUCUGGACCUGGUGAUCGAAGGACUCCCCCUGAAAGUGAUCCAAGGAUGGGGGGCGGACCCCCGAUGGGCCCAAUGGGCCCCAUGGGCCCCAUGGACGGUCCCUUUCCUCGUAGAGCCCCCUAUGGACCACCACCUCCCGAUUUCUACGGUCCCAGGGGACCUGGCGGUCCUCCCAUGAUGCCUAUGUGGGCCCCUCCACCUCCAGGGAUGAUGUUCCCUCCUCGUUUCCCUUCCGGCGGACCUUCUCUUCCUCCUCACUACGGUCCCCCCAUGCGGCACCCUCUGCCCGACGGCCACCCACAUCGUCACAUGGGUCCUCCUCAGCAGUCCCUCCCCUUCCCACCACACAGCCGGUCGCCAGAGGAGCACACACCCUCGCCCGAGGACGCCAUUUGACCAGGUUUUCCACUUGAGCUGUGACAUGACGGGUAUUCUAAAAGUUUAACUCAGCGGUAGAUGGAUGGUUGGGCGGUUCAAUUUUUCUGUAACAUCUACAUAUUAAACAGGAGGAUGUGUUUAAUGAAGGGGGAAACCAUGAGCCACUUUGUUCCUGUCUGUCUGCUCUCCCCUCUCUUUCCUCUCUCUUUCCUCUGCCUUUUUUUUUCUUCUUUCUGUUACUCUCGCUCUGCCCUAUCAUCAUCCAGCUAUAGUCCCUGUGAAGUAGUUCCUGUUGUUGUGGAGUCGCAGUGACAGCGGUUAUGUUCUGUUGUGUAAUUUCACAGGCAGGAUCACGGCAGCUUAAUCUGUACGUCUGUGUUUGUGACGGGGGGGAUGUUUCCACGUGAACCAGAAACAGCUGCUUGUUUGCUUGACAAUGCCAGAAAAGUUUUUUAAAGGCACUUAUGUUGAAAUGUGUGCAUGUGGCAGAGAAUGGAGUGAUUUACACAUUGGCAUCAGUCAACAUUUCAUCCCGAUGGCACAGAAAGAGAAAUCUAAAAGAUCAGACUAUCAGGGAAGAAAUACACCUUUUAGGCCUAAUAAAAUAUAUUUUAUUAUACCAACGCUCUCACUACUGUCACCAUCAUUUAGCAAAUAGACAAAUUUUAGCAUCUGCAUUUUUGUUAACCUGGAUUCAUCUACAAAUGAGACAGUUUCUUUAAUAUGAUUAAAGUUUCAUAACUGGAUUUCACUGGCUUCCCUGUGGGAUUUGUAAGACUUCUCCUUCAUCAACAAAGCUAUUAUUUCAAACAGCAAGCAAGCGAACAAUGCUUUUGAUUAUGUUACAUGUGGCCUCAGCUUGAAAAAAGUGGCUCAUAGUAGCUGCUUGUAUUUUGCCGAAGUACGCUGCCUGUGACUCAUCCCAGCAGUCGCAGAGAGGUGAAUGAAAUGGACUGAUUGGAAGAGAGGCUUCUUUCACAGCCAGAAAGAGAUGACACCCAUGUGAAUUUUGUAAAAAGUGAUUAUUAAUAGAUGAAUAAAGAGUGUCAAAUUGUCA